ACCAGUCAACCCCAGCCUGGAACACCAUUGCAGAAAGAGUUCUGUACUACUCACCAUGUUUUCCCGCUCUGCGUUGGCAAGGGCCUUUGCUCUUCCCCUCGAGCACGCCGCUCGCCCAUCCCUCACAUCAACCACAACUACCUUCCGGGCCUGCCUGCACCAGUCCACCGCGACGACAACAUCAACCACCAACCCUCCCCCAGCAGAGCCAUUGAGCGCAAUCCCGCGAGCGCAAUCUUCCGCACCAAUUUUGCAGCAAACCCACAACACUCCCACGACACCGGUCCUAGUAACCCGCGCGGACGUCCCAGAAAACAAACAACCCAUCGCUCCUACCUUCACAACCCCCCUAAAAGUCUCGCAAUCCCUCCUCUCUACACUCCCGUACCUCACAGCCCAAAAGCCGCACUACAUCACGGCUCACCUGCACGACCGCCCGUACCUUCUCACAGAAGGCGACGACCUGCGCCUGCCCUUCCUCAUGCCAAAUGUCGCUCCGGGCGACAUCCUCCGCUUCAACCGUGCAUCUCUACUUGGUUCUCGCGAAUUUACGCUCAAGGGCGCGCCCUAUCUUGAUGAGCGGCUGUUUGAAUGCCGUGUUCGGGUUCUCGGUGUGGAUUCGGAACCGCUUAGGGUGAAGGAGAAGACGAAGCGGAGAAGGAGGCAUGUGCAGAAGGUUACAAGUAAGCACCGCUAUACGCUUCUGCGGGUCAUGGAGGUCAAGGUCAAGUCUGUGGAGGAGUUGCAGCGGGAGGGGGUUGUUGUUGAGGAGGAGGAGAAGGCCUGAUUGAUUGUUGGUGGCAUUUGAAGCUGGCUAUGCCUAUGUACAGAUAGAGAGAUUAUUAUUCUUCUGCACUGUGUGUGUUAUUGUAUUGUAUUUGAUGUUGCAUCGGUUUAUUGGAACCGGACUGUCAAUUCUUUAUAUUGUGCGGACGCCGAGUCCUCGAUAUAUAUUCUUGUAUCACUAGGUCUAGAACAUGCUUCGACGCUCGAAUUUCAGUAGAGGCAAUGCGAAAACCGGGAGCCUGCCAACAGAUCCACAUCUACACAUCUUUAACCAACAGUUUCUUUCUACACCUGAGUGACAUAGAGACGUCGUCAAAUACUUUAGCUCUAUACUUGUCGAACCCUACAGAGCCAUUGUUGAUCCGGAUACUCUGGUUACCCUCACAAACAAGAG